AGUAAAACCCACAGAGCAGUUGGACGUCUACGUGCUCCACUCUGCGGAGCACUUUGUUAACUGAGUCGACCCUGACAUUCUUUCUAUAUUUGUAGAAUAAAAAUAACUAAGAAAAAAAAGACCACGAAGGAACGGGAGUGUUUUUGCAGCUCAAGCUACAUCCUGAAUAACCAAGGAGAAACAAGAACUUGGAUGAUUGGAGUUUACCAAACUUGUUUUGGAGGAAUUUCUUCAGUUCAGUCUUGUUGCAACUUGUGUAGCGACGGUUCAUUGCCUGUUGGUGAAGUUACUUUGCUGACAUCUUGAAGGCAUUGUGGCCUUUUAUUUGUCUAGCACCUAGUAGCUUUUCAGUGAAUAGUCAAUAAUGAAUUUAGUAUCUGAUCAUGUGCAGAACACGACGAUGGCUUCCACUGCUUCAACACUAGACAAGGACUGUCUGGUCACCAACGAGGCGCUCUAUAGAGUCUAUGCAGCUGUCACGAUCAUCAUCUUUAUAUUGGCUCUGCCUUUGAAUGCCUCUGUUCUCCAUCUAUUUAUCUUCAAGCUGAAGUUUUGGAAGACCAACAGCAACAACAUCUUCCUCUUUAACAUGGUCCUGGCCGACAUCCUGCUGCUCUUCUGCCUGCCCUUCAAGGCACACAACUUCCUGAGCGGGGAGAGGAGAAGUGUCCAGGACGCCACCUGUAAGGCUAUGCUCUUCAUGAUGUUCCUGAACCGCGGGGCCAGCAUCGCCUUCCUCACUGUCAUCUCCAUCGACCGCUACUUCAACGUGGUCUGGCCAGGCAGGAAGAACUUCCUCAAGGCCCUCAAGAAGUCUCCUCACAUCUCCAUCAUCAUCUGGUUGCUUCUGCUGCCCCUCACCAUUCCCACGAUGUUGAACACCUUUGAAUGCUGCAACAGUCACAAGGCAGUGGAUGGCGAAGACAAAAACAAGAAGAUUGCCUUCGUCAAAGAUGUGGUGGACAGCCUCCGUGAGAUAGUGUUCUUCACCCAGAUCGUCAUCCCCUUCGUCAUCCUUCUCUACUGCACUGUCUGCAUCGUCAACCGGCUGAGGAAGAAGACGGUGGGGGACAAGACCAAGCUGAGGAGGGCGUCGUUCCUGGUCUCCUCCGUCAUGGUGGUGUUCUCCAUCUGCUUCCUGCCCUGCGCCUUGGCAAGGAUGGUUCUGCUCAUCGCCAGGGUGCAGGGGUGGUCGGAGGACACAGAGAACAUCGCCGCAGAGGCCUUCGACGGCCUCAUGGUUCUGUCCUACUUCGACUGCCUGCUGGACCCGCUGGUCUACUGCUUCUGCAGCACUAAGUUUAAAGGCCUGUACCUCAGCAGUUAUUUCCCCUGCCUGGUGAAGGGCGGCCAGGUGCCAGAGGAUAGCCUCAAUUCUGCGGCCCACUCGUCCAACCCCAAACGCAUCAAUUCUGUGAUCUGACAUCCACGUUAAAUUGGAUCUUGCAUCUUGUUUGUACAUUAUAGCAUAAUAUACAAAGGAAUGACCGCAUUGUUUAAAUUAUUAUAGAAUGGGUUCUGCUACAACAGAAAAUAGCACACUAUAUGUUUAUUUUUCUUGGAUGGUAAUAGUUUUACCUGACUUUCCUGUUGAUGCUUUGUUGACUGAAUAUUAACAUAGUGAGACAGCAACGGCAAAGUUACUUUGGGAUUGAACCAGUUACCCUAUGUUGCCAGAUAAUAGCAAUGACUUCAUAGCAACUGUUUAUAUUUUUUUGAGAAUGAUAUAUUGAAGUAUAAGUAUGAUUCUAUCUGUUCUAAGUAGAUACAAAACUCUAAAGACCUAAUUUCUAAACAGCCCAUUGCAGAACAAGCAACCUGGUUUCUGUAAUAGUAAAUGUGAUUAAGUUAGUCAGUAUUCUUUCCGUCACAGUUAUUGUGAUGAGUAAGUGAGUACACUAGCUGCUGUUCAGUCAGAAAGAGUUGCACCUGGUCAUGAUGAGGUCAUAGUAUCAGGGCAUCUAGGACUGAUUCAACAUUCUACCUUAUGUGUAGGUUUUAAAUAGUCCACCACAUUGGCUGUUUUCACUGGAAAUACCCGACCUUACUCACUCUACAAGGUAACAAUGUUUUACAGGAAAUAGGAAUGGAUCAAACAUGUUGACACAAUGAGUCAAAGAUAUAGAAGUGUUUUGGUCUCCGAGCAUGGAAUGAUGACGGCAUUAUCCGAUUAGGAAGGAUCUGGUAAACCAAGUUCAUCAUUUUCAAGAUCUCCAUGCAUUGUUUUGAAGUUAACAUUUUAUAGUUUCAUUCUUUAUUUUUGUAUUAUUGGUUGCAUAUUUCUCUUGAUGUUUAAUUGUAUGUGACCUGUAUUUUUUAUAUUAUUAUUCUGCUGUGAAUUUAAACUACAAUAAAUUAAUAAAACAAUUCUGCAAGUAAG